GACCUGAGUGCGUACUGCACUGAACAUACCGUUCAAGGACUAGCUAUCCCGAGAAUCAGGCAGUGUCGGGUCGAAACUUUCCAUUAUUCCAAGGACACAAUAUAAGUGAGGAAGCAUGACCAGACCUGACGACAUCGAGGACGUGGAUCCCGGUCCUUCCCGGGGACAGUGCUGCAAGGAGGCCAUGAAGGAGAAUCUCCUCCUGCUCCUGACCAUCCUGGGAGUGGGGCUGGGGAUCCUCAUGGGGUUUCUCAUGCGUAUGGCCAACCUGUCCGAUGAGAAUAUCGACUACUUCUCCUUCCCGGGAGAACUGUUCCUCAGGAUGCUAAAGUGCAUGAUCCUGCCGCUCAUCCUGUGCAGUAUCAUCUCUGCUCUGGCCACGUUAGACGCCAAGACCUCCGGCAGGCUCGGCGGCCGCGCGGUGGCGUACUAUGCCGGCACCACUCUGAUCGCUGUUAUCAUAGGCAUCAUCCUGGUGGUGAGCAUCCACCCUGGACAGGGGGACCCGAGCAAGAUCGAGAGGGCGGGAAGUUCCCGCAGAGUCAGCGCCGCCGAUUCCUUCUUGGACCUCAUCAGGAACAUGUUUCCCGAUAACAUUGCUCAGGCUUGUUUCCAGUCGUACAACACGCGGAUCGUGGAGCAAACCAAGCCCAACCCGGCGUACAUGGCCUCCAACAUGACCACGCCCACCAUGGCGCCGAAUGUUACAGCCAUUCCUGAGGAGAUCACGGUAUAUACAAAGCAAGGAGGUUACUCGAACCGUCUGAACGUUCUGGGCAUCAUCACCUUUUCCAUCUUCUUCGGGGUGGUGUUGGGCCGUAUGGGCGAGAAGGGCAAGCCUCUGGUCCAGGUCUUCACCAUCUUCAACGACUGCAUAAUGACGCUGGUCUACCUCAUCAUGUGGUACUCUCCCAUCGGCAUCAUGUUCCUCAUCGCGGGUAAGAUCAUGAAGAUGAUCGAUCCCCUGAAGCUGGUGGGACAGCUCGGCAUGUACAUGGUGACUGUCAUCGUCGGACUGGCCAUUCACGGCUUCAUCAUCCUCCCCGGACUGUACCUGAUCUUCACCCGGAAGAACCCGUUCAAGUACAUCGCUGGGAUAGGCCAGGCCCUGGUCACCGCGUUUGGUACUGCCUCCAGUUCUGCUACCCUGCCGGUGACCAUCCGCUGCCUUGAGGACAAGAACGGCGUGGAUCCCCGCGUGGCCCGCCUGGUGCUGCCGGUGGGAGCCACCAUCAACAUGGACGGCACUGCGCUGUACGAGGCCGUCGCCUCCAUCUUCAUCGCCCAGGUCAACGGCAUCACGCUCAACUUCGGGCAGAUCGUCGCUGUCAGCGUCACCGCCACUGCUGCCAGCGUGGGGGCUGCCGGGAUACCGUCAGCUGGACUCAUCACCAUGGUGAUCGUUCUGACGGCUGUGGGGCUGCCGAUCGAGGACAUCACUCUGCUGUUCGCCAUUGACUGGCUCCUGGACCGCUUCCGGACCGCCACCAAUGUUCUAGGAGAUUCCAUCGGCGCGGGGAUCAUCGACCACAACGUGCGGGGCACACUGCCGCCCCUGGAUCAUGAGAAGUACGACGAGGGCAUGCUGGGACGUCCUCCUGCUUAUGAGAGCCGCGCCAAGCGGGAGAUGGAGGUCACCCCGCUGUAGACAGUGACGUCAGCGCCAAGCAAAUGUUGGGGGUGGAAUUUUUUUAGCUGUAACGAUUUUUCUGCUUCAUCCAUCCAGUGGUUGUUAGAGAAGCCCGGCCAGUCAGAAAACAGCACAAUUUUCCACCACAACAUCUGCUUAGAGAUGAGGUUUGGCGUACGUUUAGGAGAGUUAAGAGAGAAGAGAACAUAGUGUACUUUUGGGGGGGGGGGACGACAGGAAACUAACAUGGUUUCGAUGAAUAUAUUUGCUGAUGACCUGCAAUACUCAAAGUAACCUAUAUAUAUAUAGCAAUUUUUAUUACUAAUUACAAGCCCAAUUUAGACAAUGGCGUACUAAAAAAGAUAUCAGGAGCAAGGUGUGCAUUUAGGUCAAUAUUGAUAUGCCCUUUACUUUCAAUGACAGUGUACUCGUAUUUUAAGUUAGAAUUGCU